GUACGGAGCGAGCAAACUGGGAAGUGGCACGUUUUCUGUUUAUGUGAAGCAAAGAUGGCAGAGAGCAGCCCCGUAGUAGUGAAGCGAUGCGAUUCUGCAUGUGUAUCUGCCGUGAGCAUGGAGGCUAUCUCAGCUCUGACGGAGCUGGAUGAUCUGGAGCGGGUCUACCAGCAGCUCUGCACCGAGGAGAAAAAGGUGGAGACUGAGCUGGAGAAGUUGGUUGGGCAGCAGGGGAACAUUGACACCAAGAUGCUCGCUCUUCAAAGGAUGGGGCCCAACCUGCAGCUGAUAGGAGGAGAUGCCAGUCAGCUGUCUGGCAUGAUUACAUUCACGUGCAGCCUGGCAGAGAAUGUCAGCAGCAAAGUCCGCCAGCUAGACCUGGCAAAGACCCGGCUUUAUAAGGUUAUCCAGCGGGCUGAUGACAUCCUGGACCUGAAGUUCUGUACAGACGGCGUUCAGACGGCGCUACACAAUGAGGACUAUGAACAGGCUGCCGCCCACAUCCACCGCUGCCUUUCUCUCGACCAAUCAGUCAUUGAGCUAAGUCGCCAAGGAGAAGAGAGCAGUGCUGUGGACGCUAGCCUGGCCAUGCUUCAAGAGGCAGAGCAGCGAUUGAAAGUCCUGGUUGUGGAGAGACUUGAGGAGGCUGUUACCAGGGGUGAUCUGGCGCAGGUGGAAAGAUUCUUUAAAAUCUUCCCUCUGCUUGGCCUCCACGAUCAAGGCCUGGCUCGCUUUGGCCAGUACCUCUGCAGCCAGCUGGCCUCUAAAGCAGAUGAGAACCUGCUCUUGGCUGUGGGAGGAGAGCUGGGAGAGAGGAGAGCUGCCCUGGUCUUUGCUGACACCCUGACUCUGCUGCUGGAGGGCAUAGCUCGUGUUGUGGAGACCCACCAGCCCAUCGUAGAGACGUACUACGGUCCAGGCUACCUGUAUACUCUCAUCACUCACCUGCAGCAGGAGUGUGACCGACAGGCCCAGAAAGUAGUUGACAAGUUCAUCCAACAGAGAGACUACCACAACAAGUUUCAAAUCGUCCAGAGCAGCAUGAUGAAGAGUGUGCCCACUGAGAGGAUUGAACCCAGGGAGCUGGAUCCUGUAUUACUGGAAGUCACUCUGAUGAAUGCCAGGUCGGAGCUUUACUUAAGAUUCCUGCGCCGUCGCAUGAUGGCCGACUUCGAGGUUGGGGAUGCUACGGCAACACCUGAUAUCGUCCAAGAGCACAAGCAUAAUGUGGAGAAACUGCUGAAACACUGCAUGCUGGGCCAGCUCAUGCAGGAGCUGAUUGGCUACUACAUUCCAAUGGAGGAGUACUACAUGAGGGAGACCGUCAGCAAGGCUGUAGCAAUGGAUACAUAUGAGAAGGGUCAGCUGAUGUCCAGCAUGGUGGAUGACUGUUUCUACAUUGUGAAGAAGUGCAUCAGCAGAGCCCUGUCCAGCUCCAGCAUUGACUGCCUGUGUGCCAUGAUCAACCACUCAACCUCAGUGCUAGAGUCUGACUUCAGGGAGGUGUUGUAUAAUAAGCUGAGGCAGGGCUUCCCUGCGACCACGCUGCAGGACAUCCAGCGUGGGGUGAGCAGUGCAGUGAGUCUGAUGCAGAGCAGCCUGCAGCAGGGCAAAUUCAACAACCUCGGCAUCGACAGCGCAGAGGUCGCCAAGGCUGCCUUCCUGGUGACUCUGAAUAAUGUGGAGGUGUGUAGUGAGAACAUCACCACUCUGAAGAGGAACCUGGAGAGUGAUUGCUCCAAGUUGUUCACUCAGGGGGCGGGAUCAGGAGAGCAAGCUAAGAUUGACAGCUGUCUGUCAGACAUGGUCAACACAUCCAGCAAGUUCAAGGAUCUCUUGCAGGAGGGCCUGACGGAGCUGAACACCACAGCCAUCAAGCCUCAGGUCAAACCGUGGAUCAGCAGCUUCCUGUCCAUCUCACACAACAUAGAGGAGGAGGAGUUUAAUGAGUACGAGGCCAACGACCCCUGGGUCCAGCAGCUCAUCGUCAAUCUCGAGCAGCUCAUGGCAGAGUUCAAGGCGGGGCUCUCUUCAGUUAUCUAUGACACACUGACCAGCCUCAUGACCAGUUUGGUCUCCAUGGAGAUGGAGAAGACCGUCCUGAAGUGCACCUUCAGCAGGCUGGGAGGGCUUCAGUUUGAUAAGGAGCUGCGUUCUCUGGUGGCCUACCUCACUACUGUCACCACCUGGACUAUUAGGGACAAGUUUGCUCGGCUGACUCAGAUGGCCACCAUCCUUAACCUGGAGCGGGUAACAGAGAUCCUGGAUUACUGGGGCCCGAACUCUGGUCCUCUAACGUGGCGUCUGACCCCAGCGGAGGUCCGGCAGGUUCUGGCGCUCCGCAUCGAUUUCCGCAGUGAGGACAUCAAGAGGCUCCGCCUCUAACUCUGCUACCCAGAGACUGUGCUGGUGCACAUGUUACAUGGGACUAGACUCAUGCUGAUUGGUCUUUGAGGAAAAAGAGGAAUGUGCAGGUGGAUCCCCUGAGAGGAAGUCCCUGCUGCUUCUGACCUCUGCUGGCAUCAUAGGAGGAGGAAGAGGUUGCCCCUAACUACAGAUACAGGGAUAGAUAUUUGUUUAACCCCCAAAUGGUUGCAGUUAGGUUUGAGGGUAGUGAGAUCUGAUCCUAGAUCUGUAGUUAAUGCUACUUCUAAUUCUAGCGGCCUCAUACAGCCAAUCAAAGCUAGGAGUAACAGCAGUAAUGGAACUAUGGGAUUGUGGAACAGUGGGAUUAUGGAUUUGAGCCCUUUGGCUUGGAUUAAUAAAUAUUAUGUAACAUAUUAAAUGUAAAAUAUUAAAGUGUUCUCUCGAA